AUAGACGUCUUCUACAUAUGGUUUCUUACAGGAGAUAUGGGAGAUGAUCUGCGAGUUCCUAUUGCACCCACAUUUGUGGUUGCGAAACAUAUCAAGUCGUUUAGUGACAUUGUACUUUACACACGUAACUGAAUCUUGCAGAGAAGCAUGCUUUCUCAUGAGACCAACUAGACUUUUCCACAUAGCAGCCUCACUUUGCUACCAACUGAAAACACAGCCACCAGAUGAUGCUGCCAGCACCUUGAUUACGCAUAACCUUGUCUUUACAAUUUGUCAUUUGCAUUCGCUCCUACGACAGAUUGAAUAUGUUGAUUUUCCAAAGUUCUGGUCUCAGCUUGAAGAUAAAGAGCAAGGUUGUUUUCUUAAAGCUUUCCAUAUGCUGGAUUCAAGGAAGGGAAGGGGCACAUUAGCAUAUCUUACCUCUGACCUUGGUGUGCCACACAGUGAACAGAAAAAUAAGCCCCAACAAUACUUUAUUGUUUCUUAUCUGCUCAAAAGAAUGGGAAGGAUAUCUCUGGCAAUGGAGACUAUACAGAUGAAAGUUGUAUUCAUUGUUUCAAGUUGAUCUCACCAACACUUCUUGGAGAAUACAAGAAUACAACACUGGUCCUGGAGGAUAGUGGGCAAAAUUAUUCUUACCAGAUGCUGGUACCUCUAUACAAAGUCUGUGAAGGAUAUGCCGGUAGAGUUGUUUCAGAUGAUAUGAAGCAGUUAGCACAAGAGGUUUGUGAAAGCAUUCGAGAUAACAUGGGAAUGCAGAACUUUGUUCAAGUUUACAGUCAAAUACAGAAAGAUCUCAAAGCAAAGAGGGAUAGGAGGAAACACGAAGAAAAGCUCAUGGCUGUGGUUAAUCCUGUUCGAAAUGCUAAGAGAAAGCUGAGGAUUGCAGCUAAGCAUCGUGCCAACAAGAAAAGAAAAAUAAUGACUUUGAAGAUGGGAAGAUGGAUGCGUUGAAAACUGUAAAGACUGGUAUACAUGCGACUGGUUUUUCACUUUUUUACUAAACCCUAGAUGCAUUUACCACAAUUUACGCUACCAAAACUUUUUCUGUAAACUCAACAUGGUCGUAUAACACUUGAAACCAGACGCCUGCAUGAUGCAGAAAAUGUCUUCCCAGCUCAUUUUUACGUCUGAUUACAGGACUGGUGCCAUCACUUAUGGGAUAGAUGCUUUUGUAAAAUCCCUGACUCAAAGGCAUGUAUCGAGCAACUGGCUUGGAUGGGCGUGAGGAGUGUUGCCUGGUGUUUAUUGCCCUGCAGGGGCGGAACAUUUCCAAUUUCAGGUAAAAUGAGCUGGGAAGACAUUUUCUGCAUCAUGCAGGCGUCUGGUUUCAAGUGUUAUACGACCAUGUUGAGUUUACAGAAAAAGUUUUGGUAGUGUAAAUUGUGGUAAAUGCAUCUAGGGUUUAGUAAAAAAGUGAAAUAUCUUUUAGAAUUUAGCAUACUUGGGCAAAUGUAUCUUUGGAUAUCAUACAUUUGUUAACCUCAAUACUUUCAUAGUAGUAAUGAUAUUUAGCAACAUCCUUCACUAAAUAGUUACUGCAGUGAGAUCAAAGGCACGAGCAAUUGCACUACAACAGUUGAUUGGAGGGUCAUAUGAUUUGUCUGAUUCGUCUGUGUUAGAUAUUAAAACAUCUCUUCUACCUUA